UGGGAAUCCCCGGGACCCGGAGCUGAGCGACCUGCGCGGCGGGGAGGGCGCGCCGGAGGAAGGUGAGCCUCGCUGUUCCUCCGGGAGCCCAACACCGUUCCCGCGCCGCCAAGAUGAUCCCUCCGAGCGGCGCCCGCGAGGACGGCGUGGACGGGCUGCCCAAGGAGGCGGCGAGCGCCGAGCAGCCGCCCUCUCCUGCGUCCACCGGCAGCCAGGAAUCCAAGCUCCAGAAACUAAAACGAUCACUUUCUUUCAAGACCAAGAGUUUACGGAGCAAAAGUGCUGACAACUUCUUCCAGCGAACUAACAGCGAUGCGAAGCUGCAAGCAGACACGCUGGCUGAGGUCAGCCCCAGCUUCAGCCCGCUCCCGGCCCCUGGAAGCCUGACGUCCACACCCACUAGGGCCAACCUGCACCCAGGCAGCAGCGGCAAGGCCCAUGCCUUUCAGGAGCACAUCUUCAAGAAGCCCACCUUCUGUGACGUCUGCAACCACAUGAUCGUAGGAACAACUGCUAAGCAUGGGCUGCGCUGCAAAGCCUGUAAAAUGAGCAUCCACCACAAGUGCAUGGAUGGCCUGGCACCCCAGCGGUGCAUGGGCAAACUGCCAAAAGGGUUUCGGCGUUACUACAGCUCCCCCUUGCUCAUUCAUGAACAGUUUGGAUGCAUUAAAGAAGUUAUGCCCAUUGCCUGUGGCAAUAAGGUGGACCCUGUCUACGAGACCCUCCGCUUCGGCACCUCCCUGGCCCAGAGAACAAAGAAGGGCAGCUCUGGCAGUGGCUCUGAUUCACCUCACAGAACCUCUACAUCAGAUCUUGUGGAGGUUCCUGAAGAAACAGACGGGCCAGGAUGUGGGUACGACCUACGGAAACGCAGCAACAGCGUGUUUACAUACCCAGAAAAUGGAACAGACGACUUCAGAGACCAAGCAAAGACCAUAAAUCACCAGGGAUCUCUUUCCAAAGACCCAUUACAAAUGAACACCUAUGUUGCCUUGUACAAAUUUGUACCACAAGAGAAUGAAGAUUUGGAAAUGAGCCCAGGAGACAUGAUUACCCUCCUAGAGGACUCCAAUGAAGACUGGUGGAAAGGGAAGAUUCAAGACAGAAUUGGCUUCUUUCCAGCCAACUUUGUUCAGAGGGUACAAGAAAAUGAGAAGAUUUUUAGAUGUGUUAGAACUUUCGUUGGAUGUAAAGAACAAGGACAGAUAACAAUGAAAGAGAAUCAGAUCUGCGUGACUUCUGAAGAACAACAAGACGGCUUUAUCAGGGUCCUCAGUGGUAAGAAGCGAGGCCUUGUCCCCCUGGACAUUCUAGAAAACGUCUGAUUGCCGCCCAGCUCCCUCCGCAGCAGGCACGCUCUGCUGCAGCGCCUCAUCUCACAGUGUCGACCAGAGGCUGCCUGCUGACCCGCCCCCGGGAACAGUGAGACAGGACUCCGGUCUGAGACUGCAGGGCAGCGGCCACCAGCUGGAGGGCCUACAGCACACCCAGGUGCCCGGGCGGGGGUGAGGCUGGCAGUCAGCUGAGGGAACGGAGCACUGUACCUGAUCCCUGACUCAGCUCUUCCUGUGUAAGUGACCCUGCUGGACGGUGCUCCAGUUGGCUGUGUGACCCCAAUGGAGAGGCUCAGAUCCAUGUGGCCACGUGUUGAGUCUGGUUCCAAACCUCUGUCCCCAGUACUGACGAACCAGCAUCAUCACGUCUGAGAUUCCCAGGCUCUCUGCAGAGUGCAGAAUGGGGGGGCCCUCCUUGGUAGCCCCCAGCACACCACCACAGCAGGACUCCCACAAAGUCCCUCCUUGCCUGGGAUUGUGCUGUCUGUCCUGUCCCCUGAGUAAGCCCCAACAAGUGUGUUAGAUACGAGGGCUAUGUCAGGUUGGCACCAACUGCGAAGACCUGAUCUGCCCAAAUGGGCAGCUGAUAGGCAGCUCCCCGUGCCCCCCUCCCCCCAUUAUCUAGUCACCAGUAGAGGUGACAGGACACAGGCCUAGAAAAAAAGGGCAAAGCGGGGUCAGGUGAACUCGAGAGCUCUUAUUAUUGAAGGGUAUGCAGCCCUUUCCAUGUUUAAGUCCCGUGCCUACGGGAUGGCGCUGGGGAAGACGAUGUGGCAAUAGGCUCAGUGAUGUGCACCACUUCACUUCUCAGCCUCUACAUUGGGGGUGGCAUUUUUCCCAUGCUCUAUCCUGUAGGACUCUUUUAGAGGUUGAUACCACCUUGCAGAGAACCAGAAAAUGGAGGAAAACCAACAACUGCAUCUUAAGAGAAAUGUAGCCAAAUUGGAAUCCAUUCUUCUUUAGGCAGUCUGUGAUAUCCAGCACAUAGUAGAUGGAAGAGAAUCCUUAGUGCUUCAUUCUUCUGAAAGCAGAGGAACUCGGGGCCUAUUUAGCAGCUAGGGAGGUCUCUCUACUCUGUACAUGUACUAAUGUUUACAAGAAUGCAAUAUACUGUGAUGCCUUCCUCCUCAAGACGCCUCCUAGCAUUCAGACGUGCAUCCUAUUAGUCAUUAAUGUGGUUCAGUGUCAAUUCACAAUGACCUUGGAAUCAAUGCCCGUUUGAUUUGUUUUCUUACAGAGCAAUAAAGUCAUUAGAACAAUUGGUUUUUAAAAGACUUAAGUGGAUGCAUCCUGUGCAUGUAAGCAUUAUUUCCCAAGCCAAAGUAUUAGUCUCCAUUUAUUUCUUUUGCUACUGCUCAGCCUGAAGUCAGGAGCUGAGAUGAGAUGGCUGCUGAUUUCACAAUAGUCGGGAUGCCUUACUCUCAGCUUAACGCCGCCAUCCAGAAUUUCCUCCCUCUCUGAUUCAGUGUGCAUAACUGAGUGUAGAGUCAAGAUGAAUUCUCUGAACACGGGGGUGGAUAGUUUGACUGCUGUCUGUACAAUGGAAUGAUGGAGUACAAAUGCCCUUUGUCUCUAAUGCCAUAUUCCAUUCAAUAAAGACAACACAGUGGCUGGAAAGAGCAUAGAAGAGUGUGUGUCUUGAGCUCUGCGUGACACCUUCUGGCACAGUAUUAUCACACCCACGCAAAUUUAAUUUGCAUUAAAAAACUGAUUUGCCUUUUGAAAUUGAACAAAAGGAGGUUACUGUAGAUAGCCUCCAAGGGGGUCCCCCAGUGGUCCGGCCUCCUGAUAGUCUUGCCCUGCUAUUCCCCUACCAACCCUCUCUUUUCACAUCUCUCUAAGGUAUCUAUAAAGUAUUGAAAAGGACAGAAGUGCACAUAGUUAAAAUAACAGCUGGAAGACAGCCUACUCUAGAAUCCCAGUCUGCAGGCAAGAAGAGUGGGAUCGUGUCCCAGAGGGGUGAAAAAGUCAGAAGGAAAAGUAGCUGUUUUGUGUGCUGAAGGCUUUAGCGAAUGCUGACCAGCAGGGCGUAGGUUGGUAUAAAAGAAAAUUCAGCAUUGCUCAAAAUAGUCUCCCUAGGACACUGAGUGAGCAGGUGUGCUGCACAGAUUAAUCACAAAACAAAAUUCUACAACAACUCGGACAGAAAAUCAAACCUAAUUUAAUGGCAUCCCGUAACAGCGUCUUAGGUUUUGCUCAGUUGCUGUCCUGUUGUGUGUUUUGAACAACACCUGGUGUUUUUGACCCUCAGAACAUGUUGUUUUUCUUAGCUUCCAUGAGGAGUUUUAAAUAAUCCUCAGUUUUCCUGCAGGCCAUAGAAACUUUUAACUUACCUUAAAAUUUUAACAGAGAAUAGAAAUUUAUUUUAUAGUUCCUUUGUAAAAAUUAAAAAGUGACAGUUUUUUAAUCAUCUCACUGAGUUUAAACAGCUCUGAAACAUCUUGCGUGUCUGUGUAGAAGUCAGGAUAUACUGAAGUCCUGGAAAAGUACAAGACCUAUUUCCAAGAAAUAUUUUCAGAUUUCCUUCCCUGGUUUCUUUUUUUGUUUAGUUGGUUUUUGUCCCAAAAAGUCCUUUAUUUAACUUAUUUAUUUAUUCUUUUAAUUGAGAGAACAUUUAGACCCUCCCCCCUCAGGAAUCGCCACUCUAGUGUACCCACCACAGAAUCACCCAUAAUCCAUCACCAUAGUCCACUGUGCUCCCCCACAGUGUGUGGGGUCACACUGAAACCCAGGUUUUCAGGUUAUUCCCCUGACACCAUCUUUUCUUACAUGACAUCUUUUUUCUCCUUUAAAACUAGUUUCUUAAAAGUUAUGUGCUUUGUUCAUUCUUCUCCAGUCAUUAUAUGAUUUAAAAAAUAAAAUAUAUGACUUUUCCCAAGGUCAGCUUUGACCAUGCUAAUGUCCUGUUGUAUCCAUUUCUGUAAUUAACUCUGUAAUUAGUUUUGAUUACUUGAUUUUUUUUUAUUUCUUGUGUGUGUGUGUGUAUUUUGUACAGUUUCUGCUUUCAGAACUAGCAUUUUAUUUUGUUCUUUAAUAUACAUGUAAUCUUUAUAAAUAUCAAUGAAUGUUGAAAAAGUUGAUCAUAAAGUGCGUACAGUUCAAUAU